AUCAUCGAUGCCUAUCCCAACAGUUGUCAGGGCUUCGAGGUAGAGAGAGAACUCUGAGUCUGCUGCAAUGACAUCCAGAACAGUCUGUUGACCAGAAGCACGGUCUACAAGAGCAGCCAGAACGAAAAGAAACACAAAGCAGAGAGGUGCGACAGUGGCUUCACCCAUGAUGCUCAUCAUACUUUUCUCCUAUCCAACCCAGUACAGCCUCAGGGAAUGUUACCGUAUGGUGAAGCGAUCAUUGAAAUUUCUUGUCUUUGCACUUGGCCGUUGUUUAGAUUUGGAGAUGGGAUCCCGACAAGUCCGGCCCGCCAGGGGCGCUAAGAACUCUUUGUGUGUGGAAAAUCAGCGGCGUUGAUUCGUGGAUAGCAUAAACCCGGUGCAGUCGCACUUAUUAGAGCUCUUGCUAAAUAGCGAUCCACUCUCUCAUGUGCUAAUAGCGUUACUCGAGUUGGGGGUAGCAUCAGCGGCGCAGUGUAGCUGUCACUGUACCACCGGACCACUCUGAGGCGAGACACUGCAGUUGCUCACAGCCCUCGUUGAAGUGAUCGCCAGGCUCUGAUUAGUUGUACUCUCCAGCCCUAACUGUGUGUCAAAAUGCAGUUGCAAAGAUGAUGUUGAACAGAUAUCUGGCAUUGGCUUGGCUGGUGCCGCUGAUACCCAUUGUCAACAGCCAACACAUCCAGCCAAAGAAGAGCCAUCCCUCUGAGUUAAGGGAUGAUGAAACAGUCUACUUCCUGGAUGUCUCGGGUCUUGGUAUCAGUGGUACCGACUUUCACCGCCAUGGGAGUUUAGGCAUACAACUUUUGGAAGACUUGCCCAACUGGCAUUUUGUCAACCGAAACGAAGCUGAUGAUCACUUUUAUGGUGAAACUGAGGAUGGACUGGUUGCCUGUCACUUGAUGAGGCAUUCAUCGAACCAUUUUGAUGACAAACUGGUGGGAAUGUUGAAUGACCGUGAGACUAACCUCUGGUAUGAAAUCAAACCUGAUAUCAGCGGGGAAAUCCUCCUUACAGUGAUAUUUGAAGGUGACAUCCCUCCAUCAUCAACAGGAGAUGACCACAUCACACAACUGUACUCUUUUUGGAAUAGCCUACGAUCCACCUGGGCAUAUUUGAGAGAUCUUCCCUGGACAUUGCGCAUUGAUCCCGAAAAGGAGCAGGUUAUUGAUGUCAUGAUUAUUUGGUCUGAAAACUCAGAAUGCCGGCGGAGUUUCCUGGGGAUAGAUUGUACUCUCACAGAAGACACACGUGAUAAUAUGCAUGCUGCCCUGGAGCUGGUCAUUGCCACCACGAAUUAUGCACUCAGGGUUUCUGACACAAGUGCCGUUUUCAACUUGACUCAUGCUCAGAGAGACACUUCUGGCUACAGAGAAACUGAGGGCACCUCCAAAAUAUUGACUGACAUGGGUGUUCCUUUCUUUGGCCAACUAAGUUACAUCCAUCCCCUGAGAGAUGAGCACAAGGCAGACUUGGUUUCUUUUGUCUAUGACCUUCGCAUUGUUGAGGGGGAUGCUCCUUGUGGCACUGCCUUGCUGCCUCUUAUCAGGCCGCUACCUUUGGCCCCAUUCUUGGCAUGGUCAACCUAUGGUGUCCAGUGCUUUGCAGGAUAUACCCCCACGCACGAGUUUGGCCACAAUCUGGGUUGCUUUCACGAUCGUGGCACUGUAGGAGCUUGUGAUGAUAAUAAGAACACAGACUAUGGAUACCGUUCUCCCACAGGUACUUUUCGAACAAUCAUGGCUUAUUCCUGCACAAGGGGGGAGUGCGAUGAUUACCAGUUGGGUAGAUUCUGUUCUAGGAUACCCUACUUUUCAGGACCUGCAUCCUAUCAAAAUGGUGAGGUAUUGGGAGGGGAGGAAAACAAUUGCCGCAAACGGAUUAGGCUGGACAAGAGGACCAUUUCCCGCUUUCGAUAAAUGGGACCACUCCACAUGGGCCAGCAGCACGGACAAGUCACUAUUCGUCCAUCUUGAUCCUGCUGUCUGCCAGUGAAACGUCGAAACCUGCCUGCCAGAGCUUGUGCCGGAAUCCACCGAAGCAACAAAUCAAUAACACAAAACAUCAGCAGCAAUCAUCGUGCCAGGGUGCAAAUAUUGAUGGCAUCUGAGAUUCUUGUCUAUACAGCGUAUCUUUGGUUACCACAGGUUUGGGGCAAUUCAGGAACCAGUCAUGGUACAACUGGAUGCAAUGUCCCUUCCCUAACCUAAUGCAUUUAAUCGUUUAUGUAAACUACGUACGAAGAGAUUCAACGACUCGACUCGACCGUCUUCAAAGCCGCG